AUGCUCAAUAUUCUUAUCGGAAUAAUAAUUGCACAUGUUAUUGCUGUAUUAGUCUUUAUAUUUUUCAUUGUAUUAUUUAGAAGAACUAGAAAUGGUGAGUGGUAGAAGUUUAUUCCGCAAAAUGUGAAAACCAAAGAAAAAUUGUGAUUAUUUUCAGACCAAUUGGAUACUUUGCAAAUUGAAGAUGGAGAAAAGGACUUAACUACAAACGAAAAACCACAAUUCAACAAACAAGACCCCGCUAACAAAAGGAAGCAUAGAAAAUAUAUAAAUGAGUGUAAUGAGCAACAAAGAUCUGAUGGAAAUUUAAAACAAUUUAUCAACACUGGACCUAUAAGAUUUCCAGCGGAGCCGGACGAUAAAGCAUUUGAAAAAAAGUGUACAUAUCCCGAAAAUGUUUUAAUCACUAAAGUGAAAUAUGAGCCUGAGCUGAAUGAAGUGGUUCCAAUUGGAUCGGAUGUUGAUAUGAUUAUGGAUGGGAAUAAAGGAAAAUCGACACAAAAUGCUGUGCAGAAAUCAACAUAA